AUGCCAGAAGCAGGCGGCACGAUGAAAGGAGGAGGCUCUUUAACAAUUGAAUGGGAAGAUUCUGGCGAGACUCCAGCACUUGACACCCUUCUCUCGUAUCAGCUUUUCUUAUGUGCAGGCGGCAACGAGGCCGGUACCUAUAUCCCAGUCAAAACCUUGGUGCCAACAGGCCAAUUCUCCACCGGCAACACAGCCUCGUCAACGGUAGAGGUUGGCCUGGGCGAGAGUGUCGAGAAUGCGUAUUUCAUCAAGAUGAUAUCCACCGCUCCAGGUGGCUCUGUGGUCAACUAUUCUCCCCGAUUUUCCAUCUCCGGCAUGACCGGUACAUUCCCUGAGACGGUGACCGCCGGCCUCGCGACCGUGGACGGCACGGACGGUCCUCCAACAGAAAACAACAUCCAAUCGAAUCAGCAAGGUGGUGGAAAUGCCCCGGGAGUUGAUGGCGACUAUGGGAUUACAUACACCAUGCAGACUGGCGCGAUGAGGUUUGCGCCGAUGCCGAAGAAUCCCCCAACCAAGAUCACAGCUGGCAAGAAUCCAAAGCCAAUAUAUCCAACCAGUGCUGUUCAGUUUGCGGCUACGAAGAUGGCGAUCCCUACUCAGAAAACCACGGUCACCCAAAGCCUUACAUUCAGCGUGGAGAGUGCCGAAAAUACUGUAGCUGCAGCGGCACAACCAACGGAUGGUGCUAUGCAAAAAUUCCUAAACAGAUGGAAGGAUUGA